AUGAUGAUGAUGAUGAGGUGCUUCUUGCAAUGGCUGAAGAGUUGGGUGUGUUUAUUCCCUGUGUCGGGGGAGUUGAGCAUGCCCAUGUUCUGCUACCACCAUUGGAGACUCUUUGCUUUGUUGAGGAAACCUGUGUAAGGGACAAAGCUGUGGAGUCAUUGUGUAGAAUUGGAUCUCAGAUGAGGGAGGCUGACCUGGUUGAUUCAUUUAUUCCUCUAGUUAAGAGACUGGCUGAUGGUGAAUGGUUUACAGCACGAGUUUCUGCAUGUGGACUGUUUCACAUUGCCUAUCCAAGUGCCCCAGAGAUCGUAAAGACAGAAUUAAGGUCAACAUACAGCCAGUUGUGUCAAGAUGGCAUGCCUAUGGUCAGGAGGUCAGCAGCAUCAAACCUUGGGAAAUUUGCUGCAACAGUUGAAUCUGCUUAUUUGAAGAUUGAUAUCAUGCAAAUAUUUGAGGAUCUUACACAAGAUGAUCAACGUUCUGUUCAGCUAUUGGCUAUUGAGGGCUGUGCUGCUUUUGGAAAGUUGUUGGAGCCCCAGGAUUGCGUUGCACACAUUCUUCCUGUUAUUGUCAAUUUCUCCCAGGAUAAGUCUUGGCAUGUUCGAUAUAUGGUUGCAAAUCAGUUAUAUGAACUUUGUGAGGCGGUUGGACCUGAGCCAACAAAGAUGGACUUGGUCCCUGCAUAUGUUCGAUUACUUCGAGAUAAUGAGGCUGAAGUGCGCAUAGCAGCUGCUGGAAAAGUAACUAAAUUCUGCAGAAUUUUGAGUCCUGAACUUGCAAUACAACACAUUCUUCCCUGUGUGAAGGAAUUGUCAUCAGAUUCUUCCCAGCAGGUUCGCUCUGCUUUGGCCUCUGUUAUAAUGGGAAUGGCUCCUGUCUUAGGCAAGGAUGCAACUAUUGAACAACUUCUUCCAAUAUUUCUCUCGCUUUUGAAGGAUGAAUUUCCUGAUGUGCGCCUCAACAUUAUCAGCAAGCUUGAUCAAGUGAAUCAGGUUAUUGGAAUUGAUCUAUUGUCCCAAUCCUUAUUACCGGCCAUUGUUGAACUUGCGGAGGAUAGACACUGGAGAGUCAGGCUUGCAAUAAUUGAGUAUAUACCAUCAUUGGCAAGUCAGUUGGGUGUAGGAUUUUUCAAUAAUAAACUUGGUGCCCUUUGCAUGCAGUGGUUACAAGAUAAGGUAUACACAAUCCGUGAUGCAGCUGCUAACAAUUUAAAGAGACUUGCUGAAGAAUUAGGACCAGAGUGGGCAAUGCAACACAUAAUUCCACAGGUACUAGAGAUGACCAACAAUCCACACUAUCUAUAUCGGAUGACCGUCCUAGGUGCCAUUUCUCUCCUUGCCCCUGUUAUGGGCUCAGAAAUAACAUGUUCUAGACUUUUACCAGCGGUCAUCAAUCUAUCAAAGGACAGGGUACCCAACAUUAAGUUCAAUGUGGCCAAAGUUUUGCAGUCACUCAUUUCUAUAGUUGACCAGUCUGUGGUGGAGAAGACAAUUCGUCCAUGUUUAGUUGAGCUCAGUGACGACCCAGAUGUUGACGUCCGUUACUUUGCCAAUCAAGCACUCCAGUCAAUAGAUCAUUCAAUGAUGUCGAGCUAGACAAAUAACCAGUACUUGUUUUGCUCACUUUUUCAUGCACUCAAGUCCAUUUUGAUCAUCAGAUUGGUUUCAUCUUCUUUCCCAAUGGAAUCAUGUUGUAGUUUGAUUGCAACUGCUUUCCUGUUGUAAUUUGAUUGUAUCCUUGUGGCCAUUAUGUGAAACUUACUUUCAGCUUCUGAACCCUCAAGUAAUGUUUUCUAAUGUUCGCAUGCCGAAAGUUUAAAAUGCACUAGUGCAACCUACAGCCAAUUACCACUCACCA